UGGAGGAUCACGAAGAAAGAAUUUCAGUUUUUAAAGAGGAGGAGGAGUGGAAGGGGAUGACUGCUGCCAUUAAAGCUGAGGAUUUGAAUGAUUUCCCUGUUGGUCUUGAACCUCUAAAGCAUGAAACUGAGGAUAUUUACAAGCAAGAUGCCUGUGAAGAAUCUCCAUCCAGUUUACAGCCCUGGUCCACUAAUACGGGACGACUGGCUACACAGGAGAAUUCUGUAGAGAUGAAAUUAUCAGAGUCUGAAGAGAAAAUCACUGAGGGAAAUGGGAGAGAAGGAGAAGAGUCACCUGGGAGUGUUGGAAUAAAAUUGCAGAAGAAUGGCAGCUUCUCUCUGAAAUCAGCAAGAAGAUCAGAGAACCUGAAGGCAGCCUUUUUGCAGUGCAGUUCUCUCCCUCCUACUGGAAUAAUACAGACAGAAGCCAUAAAAACUGAUCAACAGCAAGUGGAGGAAGAAAUCCUAAAUCACACUGGAAAAAUAACAUAUUGUUGCCCUGAAUGUGGUAAGUCGAUCUCAACGAGAAGCCAUCUUCAGAGGCACAGAAAAAUCCACACAGGAGAAAAACCUCAUUGCUGUCCAGAAUGUGGAAAGUCAUUCUCAAGAAGAAGCCAUCUUCAGAACCACAUAAGAAUUCACACACGAGAAAAAUCACAUUGUUCAGAAUGUGGUAAGUCUUUCCAAAGCAGAAGUCAUCUUCAGAGCCACAGAAGAAGCCACAGAGGAGAAACCCCUCAUUGUUGUCCAGAAUGUGGUAAGUUAUUCUCAUGUAUAAGCAAUCUUAAUAGGCACAGAAAAAUCCACACAGGAGAAAAACCUUAUUGCUGUCAAGAAUGUGGUAAGUCGUUCUCAUGGAGAAGCCAUCUUCAGAACCACAGAAGAAUUCACACAGGAGAAAAACCUCAUUGCUGUCCAGAAUGUGGCAAGUCGUUCUCAUGGAGAAGCCAUCUUCAGAGACACAUGAGAAUUCAUUCUGGAGAGAAACAUUCUUGCUGUCCAGAGUGUGGCAAACGAUUCUCUCGUCAAAGUGCUCUUAGGUGCCACAGAAUGAUCCACACUGGAGAGAAACAGUACACCUGUUCUGAAUGUGGUAAAGGAUACUCCUCCAGAAGAAGUUUUCGAAGACACACACAAAGUCAUAUUGGAGUAAGCCUGUCCCAGAAUUGAUGAUCUUCCAAUUGGCUCCCCAACCAAAAAAAUAAAGAAAAUCUGAAUGAGGUAAAGGACUCCAGGAUAAAGUAGUUAAUAAGUACAUAAGAAUAGUGGAGAAAACACUGAAGGUGACAAACAGAUCAUAGAUUUAAGGUAACCUCAGAGCCACAUAUGAAUUUACAGUGGAAUGAACACAAUGGGAUAUAACACAUAUUUCACAAAUAGCAAGAAUCUUCUUCAACAACUUAGAAGUGCAGGAAAAAACCUCAUUGUUGUCCACAGUUGUGAAGAAUUUCAAUUGAUAUAUAGAAAGAAUAUUAUUUAAAAUAAUAAUUUCAUGAGAAAUUGAACACCAUAAUUAAUACAGAACAUAAUGAAAAUGAAAUGAACUGAUUUCAUUGUCUGACAUAUAAGACAAAGCGAAGACAAAGCAGGAAACACAGGGAUCUCUGCAGACCCGGCUGUUCAUUUGAUAAAUUAACCUAAAAAUAUCACUGAUGUUUCUUUGCUCCAUGUCAGUAUACAGGGUAUCCUGGGUGGUGUGUGAAGGACGCUCUAUACUCUGAAUGUGUUGGUUCAGGUUUCUGUUUGAGUUCAGCACCUUCUUCAUAUUAAUACCCAAAACAACGUUUCUUCACGUCGAGACUACAAGCUGGAGGCCACAGGAGAUCAAUAAACUCCAACAGCAGGAUGGACGAUUAGAAAGCUCUGUUUUGAGAGAGUGUCAGCUACACAAAGCUUCGGCUUCAUUUACUUGACAGAAAACUCCAAAAAGCAGAAGUGGCCCCUUCUGUACCCCACACCACUGAAGGUCAAAUUUGACCCCUCACUACUCACCAUUGGUUCACUCAUUUUCUAAGUUUAUGUUUAAUUUUUUGGCCACACUCUUUUUACAUUUCAUUUCAUUGAUGUUCUCAAAUGUGUGAGUAUAGCUUGACUCUUACAAGGACUUAUCUAAAAAGGGUACAUUGGCUAUGAAAUGGAAGAAGAUAGAAAAAUGUAAAAAGUGGAAACCACAAAAUGAAGAGGUGACAUCAAUGAAAAAGGCUCAGUGGCAGAGGUGACAAGGAGAAAAUCAGAAGAGACAGUACAAAAAUGGCAGGUACCAACUGAAAACAAAAGAAGAAAGCUGAUUGGUGGAAAGAAUUGUCAGUCACUCCUCAGUGGACUGUUGAGGACAGCCGUGGCAUACAGACUUCAACGUUCAUGUGUUUCUGAUUUCAAAUCUGUGACCAUGCACUGAAUAAGUCUUUUGACACAACAAUGGCUGGUGUAUUAAAUCCAUCAUAUUUCGGGCUUUAUUGGAUAUCCUCACUGGAAUUGAACCGUGUUGUUAUAUUCUAUAUCUUAUUUAUGUGCUCCUAUUUGUGGGAUUACGGAACUGCAUCCUGACUGGGAGUGGGACAUUCAAGGUUUGAGGAAAGGAUACUCGUGUCGGGUGUGUUUUAUGGGAGAGAAGAAUCAAAAGUGUGUUUUUAACAUCAAAGGUGUUGUGUUGCUAUUUAAGUUUAAUAUUCAUAAUAGAGGAUGGCUGCUAAUUGUAGAAUCCUGCCUGCAUUUGACAAGAGAAAGGCAUACGAGAGCUAGAAAAUUGAAGAUUUAAUAUGGACUGAGCUGAGAAUUAAAAAACACGUACUUGGGGUUGGACUGUCGCUUACAGGGACAGCAUUGAGAUGUCAAUUUGAGCAGAAGACCUGAACAAAGAUGAAGGUGCGACUAUUCUGAUAGAAAGGCUUGAUGUUGUGUUUAAAGGAGAAAAAGGAUCGUAUCUAUGAGGAUAUUCAGAUUUUACAGAAUUAAAGGGGCGAGUGCAGUUUCUAUGGUGGAUUUUAUCAUCGAUUUGGAGCAGAGAUACUCCUGACCGGUAAUUCCACAUGAAACCAUCACACGUUUGGACCUUAUUAUUUUCUAUUUUAAUAAAACCAAAUUUUCUGGAGA